AUGAAGAACGGAGGAAGCAAUGAUCGCAGGACUCUUCUUCUAGGGAUUAUUUUGCUACCACUCCGCGCCACGUGCAUUGCAUUCAUUUUACUGCUAGCAUGGGUAUUUGCAUCCAUUGCAACUUUCCGUCACCCUGGAAAAGGAUCUGUACCACUUAAGGGAUGGAGAAGGAGGAUGAUCCAGACAGUGCUUUCAUGCCUAACUCGCACCAUGUUCUUCAUAAUGGGUUUCCGAGUUAAAGUGAAAGGGAAAAUAGCAAGUCCACUGGAAGCCCCAAUCUUUGUUGCAGCUCCUCAUUCAAGCUUUUUCGAUGCCAUCAUUUCUGCCCUAACGGGAAUGCCGUCAAUGGUGUCUAGGGCAGAAAACCUGUCAGCUCCGCUAUUUGGCACAAUUUUAAGUUCCCUUCAGCCUGUAUCAGUGUCACGUCAAGACCCCGAUUCACGAAAGAAUACAGUCACUGAGAUAACUAACCGGGCGGUGUCAGGAGGCCAGUGGCCGCAGAUACUGAUUUUCCCAGAAGGCACCUGCACAAACCGAUCUUGUCUGAUCACCUUUAAACAAGGUGCCUUCGUUCCACGAGUUCCUGUGCAACCUGUGCUGCUCCGAUACCCCAACAAGCUGGAUACUGUGACCUGGACAUGGCAGGGCUAUUCAUUCAAAGAGCUGUGCAUAAUGACGCUGUGUCAGCCCUUCACAAGAGUAGAAGUUGAGUUUCUGCCUGUUCACGUUCCUACUGAGGAAGAAAAAAAUGAUCCAAUUCUCUUUGCCAACAGAGUCCGACAAACCAUGGCAACUGCUUUGAACGUGCCAGUGACCGAUCAUACUUUUGAAGAUUGCAGACUGAUGAUCUCGGCAGGACAGCUGACUUUACCCAUGGAAGCUGGGCUGGUGGAGUUCACCAAAAUCAGCAAGAAACUCAACCUAAAAUGGAAUCAUGUCAGAGAGCAGCUGGAUACCUUUGCUGCUAUUGCAAGUGCCUCCAAAGGGGGAAGAAUUGGAAUUGAGGAGUUUGCAGAGUACUUGAAGCUGCCUAUUUCUGAUGUCCUCAAAGAGCUGUUUCUGCUCUUCGACAGGAAUGGAGAUGGCACCAUCGACUUCAGAGAGUAUGUGAUUGGUUUGUCUAUUCUUUGUAACCCAGCCAACACAGAAGAGACUAUUCGGAUGGCAUUUAAGCUCUUUGACAUGGACGAUGAUGGCACUAUAACAGAAGAUGAGUUUGCUUGUAUCAUUCAGUCAGCUCUGGGCGUGCCUGAGCUUGAUGUUUCUAAACUCUUUAAAGAAAUAGAUGCAGAUGAAACUGGGAAGCUCUCCUAUGAUGAGUUUAAGGACUUUGCGCUCAAGCAUCCAGAAUAUGCCAAGUUGUUUACUACAUACCUAGAGCUACAGAGAUGCCAGUUCCCUAUGCCGGAGGAGGGUGACAUUCAGUCACCUGAAGCCAAACACACUCCAGUUAGGAAGAGUACAGCCCCAGGCUCAGAAACAACACCAACUGCAAGAAAUAAAGUCCAUCCUGAAGGCAAUGAGGAGGACAACUCUGGUACCUCAGACAAGAAGGAUGACUGAGAACAGUCAAAUAAUUCAGUUCUUGAAUUAUACAAGAAAGUUUUUGCCUAGCUAUUCAUAAGCACAAUUGAUAAAAAACUGAAGUGAAAGUUACAAUUCCAAAAAUUGUUUAGUUUUCUGUACUUUCAUAUCAGGCUGAAGAGGAAUUGUUUCUGUAUUAAUCUAAGGGAAAUAACACUGUAACUAUUCUAUUCCUGAUGUUGGCAUCGCACAACUGGGAACGUUGCUCGCUGUCCUCCAAGUUUAUGCUUCCAAACAAGUAAGAGAUGUGGUAAGAGGGGUAACCAGCUUCAGCACUGAAAUAGUGUCUCAGAGUAGAGACUGAGGAGUCCCCUUGUGUAAAAACAGGUGGAAUUGUUGGUGCUGCUCAAUUCCUCUUAGAGUCCCUAACAUGUCUGAAGGGAAAAAAAAUGCCAGACUGUUUUAAUUUGCAAAUAUCGUGAGCCUUUCUGAAGCUUCAGAGAGACAGAAAUGAGUUUACAAGAAGCUGAGAGCUGAAGCUGGUGUUUUCUUUUAGCUGUCCUAAGAUUUCCCUUAACUGCUUGUGAAUUAUCAAGCCUAAGCUUCUGAACAGGACAUGCUGAUUCACUGAUGUUAACAGGCUUUAGGCUCAAAGGACAGUUAAAUAUGGAACUGGCUCUAUUUCUAAAAACAAAAACUAAUUGGAAUUCCAACAUAGCUCUUGGCUUCUACAGGAAAAUGCAGACAAUAAGACCCAAGAAUUAAUGCACUGUUUCAAAAUAAAUAGAAUGUCGUUUACAAUAAUAACUGUUCAGGAUCAUGUCAGGAGGAACAUUACAAACUUCAGCAAAUUUGUAUUCUAGUAGUUAUCAACAGAGGAAUGUGACCUUGCUCUGGAGAACGUAAAAGUUAAACACGCUGUCAAGCCAUAGUUCUAGUAGUUAGUAUCUACUCUAAAAUGGUCUCCUAGAAACCAUAUUUGCAUUACUGUGCCAUUACUCAAUGUGUUCUUAAGGUCUGAUUCAAAAAAAGCUCAUUUCAGUCAGUGAUUGAGUGUGUUUUGCCUCAGUCCUCUCUAGUGCACUGGAUAUUGACCUUUACCUUUUUCUGUCCUUCAUGAGAAUGCACUUUAUACAGUAAUUUUAAAUAUUAGGUAUUUAUGCAAAUAACUUCUUAAGUAAAGACUUGGGAGGGGUAGAAUGAUAGGGUAUUUUCAAAUUAAAACUGAGAGGGGCAAAGUCUAGAAUGUCUGGUACCAAAAAGAACCAAUUUUCAGCUUGUUUUCAUAUGUGACUCUGGCCUUUGAAUUACUGCAUUUUCUGGUUGCAAGCGCAUUGCUAUGUUUAAUAUAUCCUGUGUUUAUAGUUGUGCCUAUCCUGAUGUUUCAU